GUGCCCCGGGGUUUAAAUUGAGUUGAAUGAUCCCGGUGCUAUAGUUAUAACAGCUGGCCUCUCACUUUUACUCAUCUCUCUCUCUCUGUCUUACUUCUUUCCCCAUUUUCUUACCUGUGAAACUUUCCACUCUCUUGUUGAACUAUAAGUAAAGAAUCACAGACAUCUGAGGACUGCUGGAGGCUACCACCCACAGAAUAGCUCUGCAUGUUUCUGGUUUAUCCUGAUCACCUUUCACUGCUGCUGCUGAUCUGUUGGAUCCUCUGGAUUGAGAGCUGCCUGCCCCGGCUGUGCAGCGCACACAGGAGUGAGUGCUGAGGACCUGAGCUCAGCAGUGUAUAAAUAGGACAAGAAACAAGCAAUCACCAUGCUGCGAGAAGCCGUGUCAAAAAUUGUAGAGCUCCACAGUUAUGUUUUAUUGAGGACUGAUGCCCGAGUCAAAGACUACCCACUGAUGCAGCACCCUGUACAGAUGACCAGCAUCCUGUUGGGCUACAUCUUUCUCUCAGUGUAUGUUGGACCUCGCAUCAUGGCGAACCGCAAGCCCUUCCAUCUCAACACAGCCAUGAUUGUGUACAACGCUAGCAUGGUUUUACUGAACGCCUACAUAGUGUAUGAGUUCAUGAUGUCUGGAUGGGGCACCACCUACACGUGGAGGUGUGACCUCAUCGACACGUCAACCAGCCCACAGGCUCUCCGGAUGAUUCGAGUGUCUUGGAUGUUUUAUUUUUCAAAAUACAUCGAACUCCUUGACACACUAUUCUUUGUGCUGAGGAAGAAACAAAGCCAGAUCACCUUUCUCCAUGUAUUCCAUCACUCCUUCAUGCCUUGGUCGUGGUGGUGGGGCAUCACUCUGACUCCUGUUGGAGGAAUGGGCUCCUUCCAUGCCAUGGUGAACGCAACCGUCCACGUCAUCAUGUACUUUUACUAUCUUCUCUCUGCUGCGGGACCUCGCUUCCAGAAAUACCUGUGGUGGAAGAAGUACAUGACUGCCAUUCAGCUUACGCAGUUUGUUCUGGUCUCCGUUCACAUCAGCCAGUACUACUUCAUGGAAAAGUGUGACUACCAGGUUCCCCUGUGGAUCCACUUGAUUUGGCUGCAUGGCUUCACCUUCUUCUGCCUCUUCUCCAACUUUUGGAUACAGGCCUACAUAAAGGGAAAGCGUCUUCCUGCCGUACAGAAAAAGCCAACACAGAACGGCUCGACCAGUGAAGCAGUCACUGUGGUGGCCAAUGGGAAACACGUGGGGAAUGGGAAUGCACACCACUACACCAAUGGCAAAAUUGUCCUGGGCAAAGUAAAGGAAAUCUGAGUUUGUGACUGUGGAAAUAAGAAGGAGGUGUACAAGGAGGUACCUAGAGCUGCCUUGUAAUAAUAAUUCAUAUCUAGUAACGUAUUGGAACAGCACAGAUUUCAAUAUGUGAUAUACUUUCUACAUAAAUCUAGUCUUUCUUACGCUCACUUGUUGGGAUGUGUGUUUUGGUCGUGAUCACUAUUUGCCAUAGUGUGUUUGCUAGUUGAAAGCUAUUAACUGUGAUGAACACUGUAGGAAGAUUGGUGCUCAUUUUGUCACUCAUAGUAUUCUUUGACUCAGGCUUGGCCCACACACGCUUGACCUACACUACUGUUCGGUUGCUUGGGAGUUAUCGCACAAUUUCCACUGAAGACCAGCACAUAUAAAUAACUGCCACAAAGUUUAUACCAAAACAGAGCUUUCACUGUAAAUGUCAAAUAUUUAGGUUUUUUUCUGUUUUUUUAUUUAUCUUUUGAAAUAAAAUUGUUUUUUAGAUAAAGGUCUUUGUCAUUUGAAAAGCAGUUAAGGUGUGCACUUUGUAAGAGACAUGCCACACCUCAGUUUUUCAAUUUUAAGAAUUGUGGAAACGAAAUGUUAUACUGUAUAUUACAGUAGUGAUGCAUUUUGCAUUUUUGCAUAAUUAGGUAGUGACAUACACUGUAACAAUAAUAAUAAUAAUAAUAAUAAUAAUCCAUUCUGAGUUUUGCAUCAGUCUAUGGUCUUUUCUCUCAGCACACCGUGCACAAAGUUAAUACCAAGUACUUUCCAUUACAUUAGAUUUUUUUUAAAAACAAGUGCGCUGUUUGUGAAUAUCACCACAGAAUGUAUAUAUUGAUGGAUAAACCUACCAGUGUUUUUGCUGUUGCUGUUCAUGACACAUGUGCACUGACGACAGUUGAAGUAUGAUCUAUUUUUGAAGCACUGCUUGCCUUUUAAAAAUUGGAUCGGAUAUUUGCCACAAAAAAAAUACGUAUGAAUGGAUGCUUUGGUGUAUCCAGGAGGUGUUUAUAUGUUACGAUUAACCCUCACAUUGUUCAGUGGAUUACCUCUUUACUUCUUGAGCAGAAAUAAACACUCGAUAAAUGUUUUGUAA